CUCAUCCUCCUCAUUUCUUUGCUUGCAAUUCUCUUCCUUUCCUCUCCCUCUUUUCCUUCUUUUCCGUCACAUUUACAAAUCAUGAUUACUGGACUCAAUAUCGCUAAACAGUCCAGACAGGCCGUUGUAGGCCUUACUCAGAAGCGCUUUGCUCAUGAUUUAGUUGUCUCGCCAAAGACUGGACGCACCAUCAUCAAAACUGGUUCUGGCGGUCGCUCGUCUUCUAAUGGACAUGUUAUUACUGUUUUCGGAUGCACUGGAUUCCUUGGACGCUAUCUCAUUAACCGCCUUGCUCGUGAGGGUGCUCAUGUCAUCGUCCCCUACCGUGAUGAGGAUGAUAUGCGUCACUUAAAGGUCAUGGGCGAUCUCGGAAAGAUUGUUCCCAUGGAGAUUCAUCUCCGUAACAAGGAUUCCUUAGAAGCCGCUAUUCGCCACUCUGAUACAGUCUACAACUUGCUCGGGCGCGAUUAUGAGACCAAGAAUUUCUCAUUUGCUGAUGUCCAUGUUGAAGCCGCUGGUAUCCUUGCUGAACUUGCCCAGAAGCAUGAUGUUGACCGUUUUAUCCAAGUCUCUUCCAUGAACGCUGCCAUCGAUUCUACCUCCAAGUUCUUGAGCACCAAGGCCGAGGGUGAGCAAGUCGUCCGUAGCAUCUUCCCCACUGCAACCAUUGUUCGUCCUUCGUUCAUGUACGGUCAGGAGGAUCGCUUCCUUGCUCGUCUUGCCAUGUCUCGCGGUCUUUCCGUCCGUAUUAACGGCGGCAAAACCAAGGUUCGUCCUGUCAACGUUUCUGAUGUUGCGGGCGCCAUGCAUAAAAUGCUCGAUGGCGACAAUACCAUAGGCGAGACCUUUGAGCUUGUCGGUGAUCAGGAAUAUACCUACGCACAGCUGCUUGAUUUCAUCAAGGAGAUUACUAACUUGGAUCAUGGAGACUUGAACGUUCCCAAACCUAUUGCCAGUCUCAUGGCAAAAGCUAUGAACCUGCUCCCUUGGCAGACCUUGGGCGCUGAUGAGAUUGAGCGUAUGAUGAUUGAUGAUAAGCUUACUGGCGCUAAGACCUUUGCUGAUCUUGAUAUGGAACCUACUUCAUUGGAGAUCACUGGUAUCCAGUACUUGCGUCGCUUCCGUACCAACUUGUACAAUGAUGAGCCUCUCAAGAAGGGAGUGGUCGGCAAGAAGAAGACUUUCCACACAAGCUACCUGUAAAAAAAAAAAAAAAAAAAUCACAAUUUUCCAUU